UCCUACUUUCACUCGAACUCUUUAAAAAGACCCUGAAAUUCCGGAAGUCCUUUCCACUGGCGGCUGGGGCACAGGUAUCAAUUUUGCAUGGCGUUCAGGGUGAAUGGCUCAUGGUGAUGCAGCAGAAAACCGGAUCAUUUUGCGAAGCAAAUUGAGAGAAAUUGAGCGACACACACACACACAGCCUGACGCAGAGACUGUGGGCGGACUGUGGUAUAUAUACACCCGCCGCGAAACGGGCUCCAAACGCCCAACUCCAGGAUCCCAACCGUGCAACAGCCGAACGAAGCAACUUCUCCUGCGGUUCCUCAGCGACCAAUAACCACCACAGCGUUGCUGAAUCUGCUCAUGUCGCCCUGAUUUACAGCCUGGGAGAGUCGAACACUUUCAGCUGUCCGGAUUUCUGCAUGUCGGUGAAAGUCUUGUUUUUGUGGCUUACUCAUUCUUCGUUCGCAGUUUAUGACCAGCCUGUAUAUAGCAUGCAGUGCCUUGGCGGCAGCUUGUCCCUGAUGCUGAUCUGGAUGCUGACGGUGGUUCUGGCCCAGAAAAGGAACACAGACCCAAUGAGCCUGGGGGAGAUCGACCCGCAGUGCUGGGAGAGCUCCUCUCUCGCCCUGGUCGAGAUGAAGAAGCUGCGGGUCGCCGAGACGGUCAGCGGCCUCUGGGACUUCAUGAUCUACCUGAAACUCUCGGAGAAACCCAAACACUCCGCCUUGUUCAUUGACCUGGCUCAGCUGUUCUGGGAUAUAUAUGUGGACUGUGUACUCUCAAGGUCUCAUGGACUGGGCAGGAGGCAGAUCGUUACGGGAUAUACCCUGAUGUACCCACAGUACACGACAGGGUUGGCACGUUCAAGUGACAAGCAAUUAAAGUUCUAAUGCCUGCAAAUUCCCACAAGAACUUGAGUCUUCGGAAUACCAACUCUCCCGCUCAAGUGAAGCAAGAUUGUCUGUUCUACGCGUUGUAUCAAUGAGCGUGUGGAUAAUUACUUCUCUUUAAUAUUAAACAGUAGCCCUCACGUGGGUUGACGCAAACUUGUAAU